UUGUUGUAAUUUUUGGUGUCAGGGAUCAUCUCUCACAAAAGCAGGUUUGCCCGGGGGGCAAGCUAGACCGAGUGCCCAUGGCAACUGCCAGUGACUCCAGUUAAAGUAGUUAUUAUAGCGCUUGAGGAGUUCACAUUUGAUACUAGGUUGGUGAAAUCUAUGUAAUAGAACACACAACCGGGUUGGGGUUUGUGCCCUGGUUUGCAUCACUCGGCCCUGAGGCUGGCACCCACGUUGAUGAGCCACUCCAAGCAGCUUGACAUCCUGUGUGGACCCAGCCUCUCACUCCCGCAGGCAGCCAGAGGCCCGAGAGGGAGAGAAAUCCGCUCCCUUGACGUCUGGGGAGGGAUGGGUUAAACCCACCGAGUUCCUCACCCCAGAUCAGAGCAGGAGAAGCCGGCCCGGGUUGGGGACGUAAUAACUAGAGGGACCUUCCUGUGCCAGCCCCGACCGACACUUGGGUCCCCAGCCCGGCUCCCGGCCUGUGUGUGCGCAGGGCCAGUCCCCGGCUGCAGCCCCGGGCCCGGCAGGGCGGGCUGGAUUUCCACCCCCCAGACCAGCCGUGAGUCCCAGAUGGAGCCAGAGGUAGAGCCGUGCACGCUGGAUCCCCAGUGCUCCAGUGAGAGCUGCGUCCCUACAGACACUUCUGCAGCUGGCAACGAGGCGCAGAGCGGGGACAAGGAGGGGAGUCCUGGCCCGGAGGACGGGGCGCUGUCAGGCGGGUCCGAGUGGGAGUUGUCCCCCAGCCCCGACCGGGAAUGGCCGCCGAUGACGCUCCCCACUGCCAACUCAGGGAAACCCUACAACUGUGCUGACUGCGGCAAAGCCUUCACCUGGCCCUCACCCCUGGUGCAGCACCAGCGCAUGCACACGGGUGAGCGCCCUUACCGCUGUGCCGACUGCGGCAAAGGCUUCGCCGACAGCUCCCGGCUGGCCCAGCACCGACGCACCCAUGCUGGGGAGCGACCUUACUGCUGCCCCGACUGUGGGAGGGCAUUCGGCCGUUGGGCACACCUGAUCGAGCACCGGUACACCCACACUGGCGAGAAACCCCACCGCUGCCACCAGUGUGGCAAAGGGUUCAGCCAGAGCUCCAACCUGACGCAGCACCAGAAGACCCACCUGGCGGAGAAGCCUUUCAUCUGCCCACAGUGCGGGAAGGGGUUCUGUCUGCGCUCCCAGUUGGCCAAGCACCAGCGGCUGCACAGCCCUGACAACCCCCAUCGCUGUCCCCAGUGCCACAAGGGCUUUGUGGACCGCUCCCCGCUCCUCAAGCACCUGAGGAUCCACACCGGGGAGCGGCCCUUCCGGUGCACUGAGUGUGGGAAAACUUUCAGCAUGAGUUCACACCUCACACAGCAUCAGCGAGUCCACACUGGUGAGAAACCCCACCACUGCCACCAGUGCGGCAAGGCAUUUGCCCAGAGCUCCAACCUGACGCAGCACCUGCACACCCAUACUGGGGAGCGCCCAUACAAGUGCCCCAAAUGUGGCCGGGCCUUCAGUGAUAGCUCCAGCUUCUUGAGGCACCAGCGGCUGCACAGUGGGGAGCGGCCCUACCGCUGCCACCACUGCGGCAAGGGCUUUGCUGAUGGCAAAGUGCUGCGCAAGCACCAACUGACCCAUAGCGGUGAGCGGCCCUUUGCCUGUGGGCAGUGUGGCCGCGCCUUUGCCCAGAGCUCCAACCUGGUGCAACACCAGGCCAUCCACACCAGUGAGCGGCCCCACCUCUGCCACCAAUGCGGCAAAGGGUUCUGCUUUCCCUCACAGCUGGCGCAGCACCGGAAGCUCCAUGCCACUAUUAUUGUGGUGGACGAUGGCGAUAACAAACUCCCCUCCCCACCUGCCAACUAAGCCCCUCCAGUCCCCUGCUGCCCUGGGUGGGGAUUGAAUCCGGGACUCCUCUGUUGCUUGAAUUACCAGGCCAAGAGGGUGAUACAGACUUGUAAUCCUUUAUCCAGCCACUAGAGAGGGACAGGGAGCAGGUUUAGUGCUACAGCUGAUCAAGGGACAGAAAGAAAAACAGUUUUACUAAGUCAAUCUGGUUCUGGAACAAGAUACUUUUUUUCUUGUAAUCGAAAUUGUUGGUGAUAUUUCCCCCCGCCCCCCCAAGUCAUGUGACUAUUGGAAAAUCUCCGCUUUUUAAAAAAGUUAUUUUCUGAUCUUCAUGGUUGGGGAGAAAAGCUGGGAAAAUUACUCCAAAUGGCUCAGAAUCGUGACUAAACAGACCCUUCCAUUUACGAUUUUCAACCUCUCAUGAUGUUUUUAAGCCAUGAUUAUUCUGGGGGCUGGCUCGUGAUUUUUGAAUGCUUAGAGUGGCCAUGCUGCUGGGGUUAAAUUUUGGAGAUAUUUGUGAACCCACUCCAAUCCCAGUGGAGUUGGUGGAAUUUGUUCAUGUGUCUCACAGUUGUGAAGGGUUUAGGAAUCCACCAGAGGCUGAACUUAUAGCCAGAAUUCUAAGGCUAAGGUGUAAUUCAUUGGCUUAAUGCCUGUGGCCAUGUCUCCCUCUAGUGCACAGCCCUGGCUACUACAAUACCCACUGCUCACUCACAGCUGGGGGAGUUACCCCUUUAGCUCAGGGUAGCAUGGCAUCAUGCAUUGGGGUUGGGAUUGGGGCUAACGGACGAGAGCUGGUCAGGAAAUGAUUUGUUUGUCCCCAUGAAAUGUUUUAAUGAAAACAUGGUUGGGAAAAAUGUGUUUCCUUGAAAUUUUUCAUCUAAACUUUUGUGGAAAAUGUUCAGGGUUUUUGUCAACAAACCUAAAGCUGAGAAAAUUUGGGUUCCCAAAACCCAAACAGUUUCCAGGUAUUUUUCAAUGCCAUGGAAAUUUCUAGGGGAAAAAAAAUGUUUUGUCAACAACAACAACAAAAGACCAGGGGGAUGGGACGGGACAGGACGACAUUUCCCACCUAAAAGUCUUUGGAUGGCCAGCAUCUGAUCAGCUUUGGAAGACAGUCACGUGCCCAAAUUCCUUCAGAUCCUGUAAUAAUCACCUUUGGGGGCUGAGAACCCAUGGGUUGGGUAUACAAGAAUAAACAACACAUCACAAUGGAAUUGGCUCCUUGGUUUUCAAGCCUUUUUGGAAGUGUCACACAAUUGCUCCUAUUUGAUUGAAACCUCCCUGGUUUUAUAUAUGUAAUAUGAAAAGUAAUGUUUUCCUCCA